UCCAGAAAUCAAGUAGAGGAGAGGACGGUGUUCCUCCAGCCAGCAGGUGGCACCAUCCUCGUUUGGUGCGUUCCGCUGGAGAAUUGUGGCCCUUCCGCCGCGCCGUAGGUUCGUCGCCUCACCAGUGCGCCCGCCGGAGGGAGUUUACUGCGGCCAGGGAGAUGUCGCUGCUGCGGUCAUUACGCGUGUUCCUGGUCGCGCGGACCGGGAGCCACCCGGCUGGGUCUCUUCUGCGUCAGUCGCCCCAGCCAAGGCACACAUUUCAUGCUGGGCCCCGUCUGUCUGCCUCGGCCUCCAGCAAGGAGCUCCUCAUGAAGCUGCGGCGGAAAACAGGCUACUCCUUUGUAAAUUGCAAGAAAGCUCUGGAGACUUGUGGCGGGGACCUCAAACAGGCAGAGAUCUGGCUCCACAAGGAGGCCCAGAAGGAGGGCUGGAGCAAAGCUGCCAAGCUCCAAGGGAGGAAGACCAAAGAAGGCCUGAUUGGGCUGUUGCAGGAAGGAAACACAACUGUAUUAGUAGAGGUAAACUGUGAGACGGAUUUUGUUUCCAGAAAUUUAAAAUUUCAACAGUUGGUCCAGCAAGUAGCCCUUGGAACCAUGAUGCAUUGUCAGAGCCUAAAGGAUCAACUCUCUACAUACAGUAAAGGUUUCUUGAAUUCCUCUGAGCUUUCUGGACUUCCAGCUGGGCCUGACAGAGAAGGCUCACUCAAGGAUCAGUUGGCUUUAGCAAUUGGAAAACUGGGAGAAAACAUGAUUCUUAAACGAGCUGCAUGGGUGAAGGUGCCAUCUGGGUUCUACGUUGGCUCUUAUGUCCACGGAGCAAUGCAGAGUCCCUCACUUCACAACCUGGUGCUGGGGAAGUAUGGGGCCCUGGUCAUCUGUGAGACGUCUGAACAGAAAACAAACCUUGAAGACGUUGGCCGCCGCCUUGGGCAGCAUGUGGUGGGCAUGGCCCCCCUCUCUGUUGGCUCCCUGGACGAUGAGCCUGGGGGAGAGGCAGAGACUAAGAUGCUGUCCCAGCCGUACUUGCUGGAUCCCUCCAUUACCUUGGGGCAGUAUGUGCAGCCUCAGGGGGUGUCGGUAGUAGACUUUGUGCGGUUUGAAUGUGGAGAAGGUGAAGAGGCAGCAGAAACUGAGUAGGUUCCAGAGACUUUUGGCCCAGGAGGAAUAUUUAUUUAUAGCUCUGGAUAUCAUUACAAAAAGGAAUAUUUCCCAAGCCUCUUCAGACCGAGAAUGCAUGGGUAAAAUUAUUAAAUAGUUAUAUAAUAAAAAUAAUUUUUUCCUUGUUUGCAUAAUAACUGGAUUUAGCUUUUCUGUGCCUUUAAAAACAACAGGCGGGCCUUAUUGACGUGAUAGUGUCUUGGAGAACAGGCAUCAACAAUACUGCUGCUCCCUUCAACAUAGAUUUAUUAUGGUAUUUCUGAAAUUUCUAACUUACAUGUUCUGUCUUACACCUUUUAUGACAUAGAACUCUUUUGUUCUGUUUUUGCUUUGCGACACUGUGGACCAUGCUUCUGCCUCGGAACCUCCCUAGUUAUAUUACUUCUGCCACAUGGAUUUCUUUGGGAUUAUUGAUUCAAACCUAGAGUUGUCUGGAAAA